GCGGCGCAUGCCGGGGGCUCGAGCGCAGACACACAAUCGAAGGCAUCCUCUCGCGCGAUGGUCAAAAAUAGAUAGAAGAGGGCUUGCAAUUCAGGAAUCAGUUCGUUUCAGCAUUGGCAUGUCUGGCCAAUUAUUUGUGAUUUUUAUAUAAAAUACAAUUUACGGUAGUCUGAAUUUGUGUAAGCUGUUUUGAUAGCUUAUUGCCUAUUUGCGCGGUGCGUGCUAGGUUUUUAUUCUCUCGCUCUCAUCUGUAUUGUUGUUGCCUGCCUGUCUCGCGCGUUCUUUAUGCACAGCACGCCGCUCCAGUCCUCUCGGAGUAAAUAGACCUUCUUCGGAACAGCAUGGCCCGGUCCAGUCGCGGCCACUGAGAGAGAUGGAAGCAAAACAGCACUCCAUAAAGAGCCUAAAGAGCUACCCAGAGGCGGGGGGCCGGAGCCUGGCGGGGGACGUCGGCGUUGGAGGAGGGUGUCUUGCCGGCUCGGCACAGAUGGAGAUGGAGGCAAACAUACAGAAAUCCAUUGACUUCAAGGUGGAGGGUCACCGCUGCUACAAGGAGAAGAAAUUCCGGGAAGCGAUAGGGAAAUACCACCGGGCUCUGCUGCAGCUGAAAGGGGUGCAUUUAGUGGAUGAAAGCACGGACUCCGAGGUCAACCUCCUGAGCCAAGCCGCCGUCAAGCUGACGGAAGAGCAGCGGAGAACCGUGGAGAUCACGGAGAUCGAGUGCUACGACAGCUUGACAGCGUGCCUGUUGCAGUCCGAGCUGGUGAACUAUGAGCGUGUGAAGGAGUACUGCCUGAAGGUGCUGGGCUACCAGAGGGACCACUUCAAGGCCAUGUACCGCGCUGGCAUCGCCUGCUACCACCUGGGAGACUACGACUGUGCCCUGCGCUACCUGCGUGACGCCAAGCACCGCGAGCCCUCAGACACAAACGUGCUGCGGUACAUCCAGUUGACGGAAAUGAAGAUGAAUAGGGAGGGUCAGCGGGAGCGGGAGAGCGGCAAAGAGGCCCUUGGCUAACCUUUGACCUUUUGGCCUCUCUAUCACUAUGGCCUAUGCUACGACCCAUCCUACGUCACCUCUCCUCUCUGACCUCCUCUCCUCCUUUAUGGAGCCCAGUCCCAUUGAUGACUGGCCCGAGCGAUGCGCCUCAACCAUGUAAAAGAACAGGGCAGAAAAAGCCCUGUCUCUCUCCCUCUCUUUCUCCUCCUUCCCCCCCUCCCCACCCCCCCUCCAGGCGCUGUUGUUCUGUACCCCAGAUGCAGACUGUCAAACCAAGAAAAAACGAAGCAGAGAGAAAUACUAUACUAUACUCAUACAAAACAGUCAUGGUUGUUCGAAUGAAAAAAAAACUGCUUAAAAAAAUAUAUGAUCAAAGACAAUUGCGUAAUUUAGAGAAGGUGUAAAAAAAAAAAGUUAAAUAGAGUAGAAUUUAUUAUUUAUUCUUUUGAUGUGAGGACUGAGGAGAGGUCCAGGGUUGGGAAAGGGACCAGGGGAGGGCAGGGGAAGGAGUUUAGGAGAAAGGAAAUGGUGUAACACAUAUCAAGACCUUAGGCCAAUUCAACUGUACACCCUGACCCCUGCCCUGUCACAAUGGAGGGAGGUUUGAAAGCCAAUGACCCAGACUUGUCCCGGAGAGAGAUUGUCCCCCCAGUACAGUACAGAUCAGGCUAGCCAGCAGGCUACAUCUCUGUCCUUUUCAUACGGAAUAGUCUUCAGACAAGCCGACCUGUGCGCUCAUGUUCAAUCAAUCUUCUUUUUCGUUUUCAGCUUGUAGUACCUUGUCUCUAUUUCUGGACGGUUUUUAAAUUCAAGGGCUAAUUCAAGUGUUUGUCAUUUGUCCUUUGAUCAUUUUUUUGUCUCCUGUUUGAUUUUCAUUGCACUUACGACUAUCGGUUGUUAUGAACCUAAAUGUGUGUCCUUCCUCUUUCUAAGGAACAGAACAAACUAACUCCCACCGGACUCGCUGUUCCUCUGUUUAACAGGUGUGUUUUUGUGAACUGGUGUCUUGAAUCUGUUGUCCAAUCCCCCCUGGAAUGUGUUGUGUUGUCAGACUGUUACCCCCCCCCCUCUCCGCUUUCUAGCUAACGAUGUCACAAUGGAAAAUAGCCAGUGGAACUGAGGUUCUAUCAAGCACCCUUGGCUGCACAGAGUUCUCUGAUUUUUUUACUCUGAGAUCUUCUUCCAGGCCCUUGAUCACUCGUGCUGAACCUUCCCAGACGUCAGUGACAUCACAAGACACUCUUGGCAGUGUUCGUGCAGGGAAUCCGAUCCCACAUGCUGUAUCCGUCUGAGGUGUAAUCAGCCAUCUGAACCCAGUCAGAUAAAAACAUCAACCAGA